UACAACCGCAAAUACGCCGUUAUUUCCCUUCAUUGACGUUGCAAAAUUGAAGAUAUCCACAACGUUGAGUUCCCUUACUGUCAGCAUUACGCUCAGAAGCCAAAGCCGCGCGCAAAAACCUCCAAUUACUCAAGCUCUCCGACCCAACAAGAUCGGGUCCAGUUCUUCAAGAUGACUAUUCCUGUCCAAACGAUCACCUCCCUCCGCACAAGCUUUAACCCGUUCUCCAAGUCCGCCCGCCCCUGCAGGCUUCUACUUUCUAUCCUUCGCAAUCCCAAUACCGCCCCGGCAUCCAGCCCUACGCACAUCGAUAUCAAGGUUAAACAGCUCCCGCGUGUCUCGACACAACAGCCCGAGGUAACGGUGGGCUUCAAGGGAGGAAAGGAACUCAAGAUCGAGGUCGGAAAGCGCCAGCUGAAGAUCGGCGAUGUCAUUGAGGAAAUUGCGCGUGUGGGACGGGCUAUCGAACGAGAGGAGAGCUUGAAGGGUUAACAGAGUUUCUUGUACGCAAAUCCGUUGUUAUUAUCGUGGUUGAUUUUAGGGUCCGCCUAUGGCGCUUGGAGAUCGGGACUAUUGUACUUUUACGUCGCAGAUGCGAAGCGGUUGAGUUACCGGGGAAGCUCAUCGAAAGCAUUAUGAUACCGUUACUUUGUGUAUAUACUACCUAGCCAUCGAGGGAUACUGCAUUUUGAGAAGUGUUUGUCUGCAUGAUCUAAUGUCUCCAUUUUGCAGAAUGCAUGGUUUGAAAGCCAAAUCUAC